GAAGUGUUGAGCAUGUCUCGGCAGAGCGACAGGACACAGGCUACACAUCAGCGCUGGCCACGACACGGUAAGAGGACUUUGGCCCCGCAGUCCCCGUUCAGAGAAGCCAUGUUAUUGAAAAUCCUUCCUUGACGAUUUUUUCGGUUUUCGAAGUGGAGCUAAAUCUAUUAACAUGAGAUUGGAAGAGAGUCCAUCCUUCGCCAGCGGGAUGGAGGGAAGCUCAUGUCCUUCGCUGGAGAGAUACGGCAGCAGCGAGAGUCCCCCUGGGUCUGCUCCCCUUCCUCCUUCUCCUCCCCCGGCCGCGCACCUCGUCAGGAGUUACUCCAAGGCGACACUAGGAAGUAGGAUGAGUGUGCACGAGAGCGCCUCAUGCCCCUUGGAGAGCCACCACCAGGGCAAGUUACUCCUCAACGCGUCCGUUUCCCUUCCCGUGGACGCCGUCUUCGCCUUCAUGUUUGAGCAGCCGGAGUUCAUGCUUGACGUGUACGCCGAUCAGAAAGCCUACGACGUAGUCCCACAGGCCUGGCAAAGCGUAGACGAGCGACGUAAAACGCGCACAAUAACGUACACUCUGACCCUUCCUCCAUCCAACAUGGCGCCCAAAGUGUCCAGUGUCACGGAGAGACAGGUGUUACUACCACAGAGUCAACCGGGUAGCCUGUACUUGGUGGAGGCAGAGGUGACGAACGGGGGCAUUCCCUAUGGAGACUCUUUCUACGUAGCCAACCACUACUGCCUGACGAAGGAGGCUGAUGGGGGCACGAAAGUGAUCAUGUGGUCGAACGUCAAAUAUAAGAAGAAUGUGUGGGGCUUUAUGAAAGGAAUGAUCGAGAAGAACACAUACAGCGGCGUAGAGGCGAUGAUGACCGAAAUUGUGAACCAUUUAGAAGCUGAAGCCGAGAAGAUAAACAACCCGACCGGCCUGAGACGACGCAGGGCCACCAACCCUUACCAACGAGCCAGAACUCAAAAACGAAACCAGAAGAUCACGCACAGACAGGCAGCUAAGACAGAUCCACAAAAGACGGACACAGCUGAGACAAGAUAUAACUGGCUGGUCGCAGCGUUGUUGGCCAUGCUCAUGCUCGUUGGUAUGUGCAACGUCUUCCUCUACAGACAGCUCUUCUACCUCGAGGACUUGGCCAGCAACCAGCAGUUCUCCGAUGGAAUUCCAGAUAUUAGGUACUUGGUCGAGGAUGGAUCAUGGGACAGUGUGGCUAGCAUUUUGAAGCGUCAGGACCAAAUGCAUGCGAAACAGAUGGCGAAAUGGAGUCAUGUCAUCAACGAAGCUUCACAGCAGCUUGAACAGGUUCAAGAAUCACUGCGAGAUAUUGCAAAAAACAUUCCACAGCACCAGGAAACGCUCAUAGCUUCUCUAAUACAAGACAGUGAAGCCCACAUGCAGGACAUCAUGGCAGAGAGAACUUCAGAGGAGAAAGUCAGUUUUGAGAAAGUUUCAGAGCAGAACAUAAUAGCAGAUAAAGCUCCAGGUUACACCAUGGCAAAGAGAACUUCAGAGGAAGACACUGUAGUAGAGAAAACUCUAGAUAUAGAUAUCAGGAAAGAGAAAAGUGCAAAGGACAUCUUGAGAAAGAAAGAAGAGGCUGAGAGCAAGGCCAAUAUUGUAUAGCUGAAAGGCGAUCGAUCAAGCAAUGACUUCAAGUGAGGCAUGGGUCUAACGGACUGUAUUGCUUGAUGAUGAUACUGGAGCAGGUCCUUUUCAACAACUUAAAUACACUUUUAAAGCAGAA